AUGGAGAUAUCUACUCAACAAAAUUCUUUAAUACCAUCAUUUCAACGAUAUUCGCAAUGCGAAGGUGGAUCUGGGGCGUCUUUCGAUGUCUGCAUGGACGAGUACACCUUUCAUGCGGAUUUUAUGGACUGUGACGAUGAAUGUUCCUCAAUGGGUUCAUCUGUUCCUUCAUCCGGAAACGACUCUGAGGGAAGCAGUGAUAAUUCUGAUAUGAUAGAAGCGGGAUCAAGUGAAGCAAGGUUGCGUGAACGAACGAGGAGCGGAUGCGUAGAACUUACGGCUUCAUCUGAGAUGCUGCGAAUCCGGUUCCCGUUCCAAUCCAUAAGUGUUCGCCUAGCCGACUUUUUAUGCCUUCAAGAGAAUGAUUUACUCAACGACACAAUUGUGGAUUUCUAUCUCAACCAUGUUGUAGAGCAUAUUCUUCCUGAUGAGCCGAACAAACGAGUCACUGUUCUUCCCUCGGUGUUCUGGCACAACUUGUCAAUACUUCAUUCUGGAGCCCAGGUCGAUGAUGCAGAUGUUUCUCUCACUGAUGACCAAAAGCUUGAUGCCCGAUUCGGAGAUGUUCUGGAUUUUGUCGAAGAUUUCGACUUUAUCGAUGUUGAUUAUAUUGUGGUGCCAGUAAAUGAAUGGGAGCAUUGGUCGUUGGUGAUUGUAUGUCACCCAUUUACUGCUCGUGCAAGAAUGCUCUGUUUCGACUCGCAGCUGAGCGAAGAUCCAAAUAACAUGCAAAAUAUCGCUGUUCUCUGUGACGAUUUUCUGAAGUAUGUGUGGUCUCGACGUCGUCAGCAAGCACUUUGCUCUAUGGAGAGAAUGCGCUGCAUUGUUCCGGACCACCUACCUCAACAGAGCAACAAUUACGACUGCGGACUAUACAUCGUCGAAUUCGCUCGCCGAUUUCUUCUGGCACCGCCUUCUAAUCUGGACACUUUCGACUUCACAGCUGAAUAUCCUGAUUUCACGGUGAAGAACAAGCGCCGAGAUAUUCAACGUGCAAUACUAUCACUUUGUUCUAAUCGUGAGUUAUGGACCCCGAUUUUGGAAAUACUGAACAAAAAUAUGUAA